AUGAGGAUUACAAUCACGACAAAAAUGGUAGGCUUGUCGGUGUUUGAUUCCACGACCGAGUACGAUGCGAAUGAUCAAUUGUACGCUGUUGUCGAUCAAAUAAAACGGCGCCAUGGGUCAACCGUUUCACAGAUCCGAUUAUGGAAGUCGAAAGUGGAGCCGACAGUGAUUCUGCGUGAUCAUCUGCAGCCGCUGUCAAACAUUUUCGGCGGCGAAGAGCAAGGUAGUGAGUCUUCUGCGCACCACUGCAUUUACUACGACUUCAGCCCUCGAGAAAGCAAGUGCGCUAUUCUCAAUGUAAAUUAG